AUGAAGUACACACAAGUCAAGGAAAAGAUCGAGUAUCUAAUAAAUUGUUUGAAUGAAGAUGAAAGCUACAUCCUUGCUGCUCAGAUUACUCAAUUGCUUACACUGAUAGAGCUAAACUUUGGAAUAAAUAUUGACGCGAAGAUCCAUGAAGUAUCUAACCUUUUCAUCAAUCAAUAUUAUGACGUUGCAAUAAGGAAAGUCUUAUUAUUAGAUUUUAUAAAUGGUCUUGUUGAACUGGAUAUUAUAGCACUAGUUAAUGAAAUGGUUAAUGAAGAUUCAUCAUCAAAUAUUGGGAAAGUUGACAAGAAGUACCCUUUGGUUACAAGUUCACCAUUACCAAAAGAGAACAACGACACAAUCUCACUUCAAGAAAAACAACUCAAAGAUUUAGACGAUCAUAUAAACUCAAGGAUAUCAAGCCUUGGUAACUCUUUCAAUGAAUCACCGAAGCCAUAUAGACCAGAAAACAAGAACACAUCAACGUGUCUUAUCUUUUUCACAAUACUAUUCAACAGAAUCUAUUCAUUAUUAAUAACACCCAAUCAACUGACACUGGUACUGAAUUUAAUACUAGUUUCAUUGUUAUCAAUAACGGUAACUUUCCAAAAUUUUGAAGUACCAUUCAAUAUUUACAAUCUAACUUAUAAACUUUUUAUUUAUCCAACCUCAAAAGAUCUGUAUUGGUGGCAGAAGAUACCAUACACUGAACAGAAAAUAUGGGGUUUUUUGGAUUAUAUCAAAUUCAAAGAUCAAAACUUUACAAUGGACACUAAAAGAACUUUAAUUACAUAA